CAGAAAGGAAGAGAGACAAGAAUCACGGAACAAUCAAGCCAUCAUACUAAAAACAUAUUGAAUCAUCAUCAUUGCAAUACGUAACUACAAACUCCUUUUCCUUUAUUUUUUUCUCGUUUUCCCUUUUCUGGUGCUUCACAUUUGUGUGAUGGAAACUUCGGAAAUAUAUGUUAAUUUUCAUGGUGUAUAAUGUUAAUUUCCUGCGGCAGAAACCGAAACGACGGAUGUAGCCAUCGUGGGAUUAGCGAGGGUGAUUGCCUCGACGAUUCCUUUCACAUCGAGCAGCAGAAACGAAAGAUUCUCAAGCGCACAGCACCGUCGGCUUUGACUUUGAACGAUGCCAAGGAAUGGGAAUAUGUCGCAGAAGGUGGCGCCAAUGUAGUCUUUCGUCAAGACAAAAUAUCUACCAAUAACAGCAUCUCCGAUUGUGUCCUCCGUGUCCCGAAGUCUUCCCAACCUUUCUGUUCUGUUGACCUGCUUGAUUACAUCCAAAACUCGGUUCUUCCGAUUAUGAAUGAUAAUGGGAAUAAUAGCUGCAGCGAAAGAGGUGGCGGCAGGUAUCAAUUUUGUGGGAGACUUGUAGCACCAACGUCACCAACUUUUCUCAGCGAGCUGAACGAAAUGUUGCAAUCGUCGACGACAGAUGCACGUCGUCCGGACCAGCGUCGUGGCUCGGGUAUCCGUUGCCAUAGUACUGGUCUAUCAGCGACGUCUACUGAAUCGAAAUUGAUGAUUUUGCCCAAUGUAGUAAAUGCAGGAGAAUUGUGCAUCGAGCUGAAGCCUAAGAGCAGUUUGGGACCAUUUGGCAACAGUAGUAACAAAUCAACAGUUACAAGAUAYCAUGGAAUGACCAUGAAACAACAAACUUGCCGAUAUUGUAUGCACCAAGCAUGGAAGGAACAUUGCGGUAAAAUUCCGAGACAGAGGAACAGGGGCAACUUAUAUUGUCCGAUCGAUUUGUUUUCGAACGACGAAGGAAGGAUGAAAAUGGCCAUCCGUGCACUUCUUAACGAACCCCAAAACAAUCUACGUUUGUUUCAACCCGACGGGCAAGAAGUCACAAAAAAGGUGACAAAGGCAGCAACUUCUUCAGAAUCGGAGAGGGUCUUGGGGAUGGAAGUCGAAGAAAUUGUGGAUGUUGUUGUUGCAGGAUUGCGCCAAAGCCGAGUGUUAGAAGAUUUGCAUCGAGCUCAUGAAUUGGACUCAUUGGACAUAGAAGGCAUGUGGCAUUUGCGAAAGAUUCUAGAUUCUCUCGAAAACUUCGACGAAAAUACGACAAUAAUGGAUUCGAUGGAUCAGAGUUGCAAUUUUGAUCACCAGAGACAGAAAGAGCAACAAAAACGAAGAGAGCAACCCGAUCCAAAAACUCACCGGUUAUUACAAGCCAUGGGCUGCGAGRUCGAUGAUUCUUUGCAGGUAGUCCGAUCGCGGUACCAGCAAAUGUUAGAAAAGUUUUUACUGGCAGCCACGUUAAAAGAUUGUUCGAUACUCAUUUCGAUGCGAAAAAUACAAUCUGAUCAAAGUCACAAUAGAAACUCCGAGAGAUUUGUUGAGAUGGAGUAUGAAAUCAAAUGCAACGGUAACAUCUACUACGUUUUGAUAUCCAUUGUUGAUUUAGAUAUGAAACCAUCGUCCCGAUUAUCAAAAUACUUCAACCUCGACCAAGAUAUUGUACAUCAUUAUAGUGAAAUGUCUGGGCUUCACAAAAAGUACUGCUUUGGACCUACGAUACCAGAAAAAACGCCAGACUCUACAAUCGAUGAAUCGAUGGUUCAGAUCAAAGGGAAUAUGAUGUGCCGUAUAUUGUAUCCGAAUCCCGUUUGUCUGUUGACCGUGUACGAUCGAACAAUGCAUACAGCAAAUGUCAUGACGAUAACGUGGCUAACACCGAUUGACAAUAGUGGGACAUUCGUUUGCUCUAUCAAUAAAAGACGCUAUACUGCAGAAUUAUUACACGUGUCAAGCAUUUUUGUGCUGAAUGUUCCAACGCAAGACAUGGAGGAAACCGUUCUUGGUAUUGGAUCGUGUUCUGGCCGCGAAAUCGACAAAUUUCAGAAAUUCGGUCUCGAAACUUGCUGUCCUGGUCACCCUUCGCAGAAUGCCAGCGAUGACGACCGCACCAAGCAUGCUGUCGCGCUGCAAGAGUGUGUUGCGCACACAUUGUGCAUCGUUAAGGAAAAGCAAGAUCAAGGUAAACACUGGUUGUUUGUUUGUGCACAGCAGCUAGCCUGGUCUCGGAAAACAUACUUUGAAGAUGGAAAGCGCUUCCGUCGAAGUUCGGAAUCUUUGUCUCCUUAUCUGACGUUUCUAGGCUCGAAAACAUUUGGUUCUGUUGUUUGAAUGAUUCAAAACCGAUUCAGCUGUAUGGGUACAAUAAUUUGAUCGAUGAAUGCCACAUUGGUCUGAACGGGAGAAAAUACCUAGAAAAAUGUCGAUACAUCUGAUGAGGAUUGAUUUUUGCACAAGAGUAUUGUUUUCAAACUCUCUCUCUCUCUCUCCAUAUGGAAUGGCAGAAGAAUCCUGUCACAGAAGCAGUUUUGAUCAUGGUUCAGGAAUAGAGCACAUUUGUAGAGUUUAUGCUGCACCUCCAAGUUGGCAACUGAUACGCAUUAUACAGAACUUUCAAUGAGAUGCGAUAAAAAAAGCAGCACACCAGAGCUUUGACCGUUAUUGCAACCAACAUCACUCUUCAAUCUCAGGCACCUCCCUGGCAAUAGAGGGGACAUGUCAGCUCUUGUUGCAUGUGACGCUAUCAAAUAGAACAACAAACAGUGUGGUGCACAAGAAGAACAAGAUGCUGUUGUUUGAAAAGAAGAUACUGGAGGGGAGUUUACAAAAUAGGAGAACAAAUACUGCCCACACUACAUCAUUCACGAAUAUCAAAGAUGCUGUUGCUUAAGUAUUAGUCGCAAUUGUAGCAAGAAAUGACUCAAACACUUUUGUGACAACUCAAUCACCCAUUCGCGAAAGACUCCGAUAGUACGUGCUUACUUUCGUAUGGUAUGUACGUACUUUAACGGGUACGAGUAGAUGCCGGUUGACAGUUGACGUGGAUUUUGGUCGCGCAAUUUUUCACACGACUAGUUUCUCUCAUUCCCCCUUACAUAAGUUGUCU